AAAAUCUUCUAUGAAACUAGGGUUUUUCUGCCAACUCCCCGUGUAGGUUAUUAUCCUCUCGACUCGACUUGACUCGACGCAGUGGAACCCUAAUCAUCUGUCUUUACAUUGACGGGUGAAACACAAUCUUUCGCGUUCGUUCAUGUUGGCGUUCUGAAGCUUCUGCUUCUCCAUUAGACAAAAUGUAUUCCUCUAGGGGGGGUAAUGCGUAUGGGCAGCAGUCAUAUGCUACACAACAGGCAUAUGGGCAAAAUUCGGUACCUCCCUAUUCUGGAAGUUCAGUUGUAGGCCCUGAUGGAGGGUCUCAACUUUCCAUUCCUUCUCGGCAUUCCACUAUUCUUGGUUCUUCUCAAGAAGCAGAAGUUGGUGGAUAUAGAGCGCAUCCUUCAGGUGCUGCUCACUAUGGGGGACAAUAUGGGGCUGUUUAUGGCUCAUCUGCUUUGAGCAAUGCUCAACAGAUUGCUGCAAUGAGUGGCAAAGUAGCUGGUUCAUCAGCCCUUCAUGGUCGUGGUGGUUAUGGUUCAGCGAUGGCAGAGUCCCCUGGUGACUAUGUGCCAUCAUCAAGCCAUGGGUAUGGUCUCAAAGGUGAUCAAUUCUCCUCGGGGAUAAUUUCUGACUAUACUUCACUGGACAGACGACAGUAUGGUGACCGUCAAAAUGCUUAUAGUGGGAGGGAGUUGCAAAGUGAGUCAAGUAGACGGUUCACUGAUCCUGUUGGUCUUGGUCAGCCUGAGAUUUACGAUCCCAUUGAUCAGGCAUCAUUGCUCCGACAACAACAAAUGCUGAAAGCCCAGUCUCUACAAUCUGCUCCUCUAGAUGGGGGUGCUAGACAAAGUGAUUAUCUUGCAGCAAGGAGUGCUGCUAUUCAUCAUUCAACUCAAGAUAUUAGCUCCUAUGGUGGAAGAAUGGAUUCAGAUCCUCGCAAUUUAUCAAUGCUUGGUGCUUCUUAUGGUGGACAAAGUGCUUCAUCAAUCCUGGGGGCAGCUCCUCGGAGAAAUAUUGAUGAUCUCAUGUAUGCGCAAGGUUCAUCAAGUUCAGGUUAUGGAGUGAGCCUGCCUCCUGGUCGGGACUAUGCCACUGGAAAAGGACUUAAAAGUGGUGCUUCUCAUGAGUCUGAUUAUCCAAGUAGUAUCCUGUCACACGGUGGGCAUUCAAGCAUUGGAGGAUCUAGGAUUGAUGAAAGAAAGGAUGAAAGGAUUGGGCUUCGUCGGGAGCUUGAGAUAAGGGAGGAGGAGCGUCGUAGGGAGCACAUGCGAGAGAGAGAGAAGGAGCGAGAAAGGGAGAAGGAGCGAGAGCGGGAACGGGAGCGGGAGCGGGAUCGUGAAAGAGAAAGAGAGCGUGAAAGGCAACGCCUUUUGGAGCGUCGGGAGAAGGAGAGAGAAAGAGAACACAAACGUGGGCUCGAACUUAGGCGUGAACGGACUCCAGCAAGGAUCAGUAAGGAGCGACACAGUUCCGCACUGUUGAGGGACGAGAGACCUUCACGAAGAGAUUCUCCCCGUCAUGAAGCUUUGCAUAGGCGUCGUACACCCAUUAAAGAAAAAAGGAGAGAAUAUGUCUGCAAGGUUUACCCAUUCUGUUUAGCGGACGUUGAAAGGGAUUAUUUGUCUGUAAAUAAGCGAUAUCCAAAUUUGUUUAUUUCUCCAGAAUUCUCUAAGGUUGUGGUUUACUGGCCAAAGGAGAGUCUGAAGCUUUCUUUACAUACUCCUGUCAGCUUUGUGCAUGAUCUUGUUGAAGUAGAGAGCACAAGAGUGCGGCAAGAGUCAUCUACUACUGAACUGUCAGCUGAAGAAUCGAGGAAAUCAUCAACUGAACUGUCAGCUGAAGAAUCGAGGAAGCCAAUGUGUGGAAAAAUAGUGUGGAAUGCCAAGGUAAUAUUGAUGAGUGGUAUCAGUAAAGAUGCCUUGGAGGAGCUAUCUUCUGAUAAAGGUUCCGACGACCGUAUACCGCAUUUCAGUAAUAUCUUGAGGUUUGCUAUUCUCAGGCAAGACCGUUCCUUUAUGGCAAUCGGGGGCCCUUUGGAUGAUGUUGAUGGUGGGGACCAAUUGGUUGAUGAGUCAUCCUUGAUUCAAACGGCUAUUAGAUAUGCAAAAGAUUUGACCCAACUUGAUUUACAUAACUGUCGGCAUUGGAAUCGUUUCCUUGAGAUACACUAUGAUAGAGUUGGUAAAGAUGGGCUGUUUAGCCAUAAAGAGGUUACUGUACUGUUUAUUCCAGAUCUAUCAGAUUGCCUACCUUCCUUGGAAGUGUGGAGAGACCAUUGGGUGGCACACAAGAAGGCCAUAGCUGAAAGAGAGAGUCAGCUUGCUUUGAAAAAGAAAUCUACUGAGAAGAAAGUAGCAGUUAAAGGGGAUCGAAGUCGCACUAAAUCAGAUAAAAGCACUGAUUCCAACAAAAAUGCCAAUGCUGAAGGUAGUUCAGAAAAGGAUGGAAAGGAGGAAAAGAAAGCACCACAUACUACACCCACGGAACAAGCAGUUGAUGUAAACAAAAUGGAGAAAGUUGAUGGUGCUGAAGUCAAGGAAAAUGCCACUGGGGGGGAGGUUGCAGGUGACAGAAAAAUUGAGGGAAAAGAUGGAGAAGCUGGUGGGGAAGGCAAGCAUGUUGAGAAGGAAGUAGACGAACCUUCUGUUGCUCAGGCAACUGAGGUUCAGAAACCUGGAAAAAAGAAAAUUAUGAAAAAGAUUGUCAAACCGAAGGCUGCUGCUAAGAAAGUUGGCAUGGAGGUUACAGUCAGGAAACAAAAUGAAAAGUUGAACGAGAAAGAUGCCGGAGACAAGCAAGUUAAACCUGAAAACAGUGUUCAACAGGAUGAGACUUCUGCUGAUCCCUCUGGUGUUAAAACAUUUACUAGAAAGAAAAUUGUAAAAAAAGUUCCUGUUGGUAAGACCUCUCAGAAGGGAAACAAAGCUGGAGCUUCUGAUGACAUGGAAGCUGAGGUGAAAGCUGAGAAAGAAUUGGACUGUGAAGAAGAUAUUGUGAAGGUUAAGGUAGAUCCCAAUGAUGCUUCUGCUGUACAGGAAACUGGUGUGAAAACAGUUGUGAAAAAGAAGAUCAUUAAGAGGGUGCCUAAACGAAAGGCUACCAACACUAGAGAAAAGGAUGGUAAUGUGGAAGGCAAGAAAGAUGGUGACAAGGAUGAGAAUAAGAUUAAUAAAGGAAAUGAAACAGAGAACGUGGCUGAAUUAACUGCAAAUACAGCUAAGCAGGUGGAUGAGGCAAUCAAAUCAGAGAAGAAAAAGAAUCCCAAAACAGAAAAAGAGGGUAAAAAGGAAAAUGCAGAAUCAGAUAAUAAAAAAGGGUCUGGUGCUAAAGUGGAGGCUGAGAUUUCAAAGGAAAAAGUUCCUAGUAAGGAUGUUCAUGAUGGCAAGAAGGAAAGGACAAAAGUUGUAAAGGAGAAAAGAAACAAAGAUGGGAAAGAUGAAUCUAGGGGCAAGACAAGUAAAGAAUUGAAAGAAAAGGGAAAGCCUGAGGAACCUCCCCAGCAUCCUGGUUUGUUUUUACAAACAAAAUGGAACAAAGAACCCAAGCUUCGCUCAUUGUCACUUUCAUUGGACUCUCUCUUGAAUUACAGUGAUAAUGAUAUUGAGGAAUCAACAUUUGAGCUUUCAUUGUUUGCGGAGAUGGUGAAUGUACCAAAGACAAAGAAGACCUAUUGCAAGAGCAAGGAGUGCAAGAAGCACACCUUGCACAAGGUCACCCAGUACAAGAAAGGUAAGGAUAGCCUUGCUGCCCAAGGGAAGCGUCGUUAUGAUCGUAAGCAGUCUGGCUAUGGUGGACAGACCAAGCCUGUCUUCCACAAGAAGGCUAAAACUACCAAGAAGAUUGUACUCAGACUCCAAUGCCAAGGUUGCAAACAUGUGUCCCAGCAUGCCAUCAAGCGGUGCAAGCAUUUUGAGAUUGGUGGGGACAAGAAGGGAAAGGGAACUUCUCUAUUCUAGAUGGGUUUUUGUGUUCAAUCAGUAUCA